AAUAUUGUGAAAGCUAAACACUUUCAGCUUCUCUUGUCUCUUUUUGAUAUAUCUUCUUCGUAAAUUCUCCCACUCAAACACCAUUUUGUCGAAGCAACAUAAACUUGUCAUGGAAAUUCAAUUCCAGCGACCAAACCUGCAGCAUCAGAAAGCAGGCAUUUCAAUCACCAAAGGAGGGAAAUUCAAAGGGAGAAACAGAAACAGCAACACAAACAAAUUUGUUGGGGUGAGACAAAGGCCUUCAGGGAGAUGGGUAGCUGAGAUCAAGGACACAACUCAGAAGAUAAGAAUGUGGCUUGGAACAUUUGAGACAGCUGAGGAAGCAGCCAGAGCCUAUGAUGAAGCAGCAUGCCUUCUUCGCGGUUCCAACACUCGCACCAACUUCAUUACUCAUGUUUCCUUGGAUUCGCCUCUUGCUUCUCGCAUUCGAAAUCUCCUUAACAACAGAAAAGGUAUCAAAAAACAAGAAGAUGCAAAUGCUAACAAUGCACCUGCUCCAAGAGUUAGCAACAAUAGUUGUGCUAGUACUAGCACUGGUAGUAAUUCAAGCAAUAAUGACAAAUCUCUUUCUACUGUGACAACUCAAAAUUCAAAUCUGUUUGAUGAUGGUUAUAAACCAGAUUUGAGCAAUUGCAGGGAGGACUUUGAGUUAGGUCCUCAAUCCAAUGCUUCAUGGGGUUUUGGACCUGUCUUUGAUCGUUUUCCUAUUGCUCAAAUAUUGGACAUGCCAAAGACUGAUGGCUUGAUUGAUACAGUUGACUUGGAGCUUUCAGAAUUUGACAGAAUGAAAGUUGAAAGACAAAUAUCAGCUUCACUCUAUGCAAUUAAUGGAGUGCACGAGUACAUGGAAACUGUUCAGGACUCCAGUGAAACUCUCUGGGAUCUUCCACCCCUGUGCUCAUUGUUCUGUUAAACUUAAAACUUGGAACGUCUAAAUGAUCCUACAAAUAUUCCUUCACAGUAUCAUUGCAGUCCUAUUUGUUUUUUUUCAUCCUAUUGUUGGAAAUUUGAAGGAGUGUAGGAUCAAAUUAUUGAUUGAAAUGUUACAAUAACAUAUAUUGCUUUAGCGAGAUAUAAUUCUGUUUUCCUAACUGCUUAAUAUCAGCAGGAAGAUCCAUGAGUUGCAUUAGCUGCUUGUGGAAGCUCUUUUUCAAUCAUUAUUAUGUAAAAAUUCUAAGAAUUUAUGUUUUUUGCGUCCCUAAUGUCAAAAGUGAAUCUUGAAGUCCCUUUUUUAGGAAUAUGUCUGAAAAUCUAGACUUUGGAGGCAAAAUAAGCAGAUUGGAAUCUUGGACCUUAUAGGCAAAAUCCAGAUGACUAUUCACGUUGCUUUACAUGGAUAAACAGUAGAAUCACACACAAAUUUCCUUUAUACAUGAAAGAGACAAGUACUAUGCUUGCUUUGUCAGUAAUUAAUAAUAAAAAAAAAAUGCUUCCGGAUCUUCUUAGAUUUUGGUCCAAUGUUUCUGCAUAACUCAUGCCUUUUGGUUAUCUGCUUUGGCUAUGAUCAUUUACCCCAAUCAAUUAUGGAUACUUAAAACUUGUCUCAUUCUCAUGUG